AUGGCCGCUGUUUCCUACUGCCUGGCAGUUCUGCUGAUUGUCGCUAGAGGCGCAGCUGGCGGGGAGAGGGCGCGUUUCGACCACUACCAGGUGUUCCGGCUGACACCCAGCUCCGCCACGCAGCUGCACCUGCUCAACGCGCUCAACGCCAGGCCUGACGGGAUGGUGGCUUCUCAUCUGACAUCUCGUUGCUGCGCGCAGCUCGAGUUCCUGAGCGAGCCCAGCGCCGUGGCGCGGUCGGUGGACGUGAUGGUGGCGCCGCACCAGCAUCCCAGCUUCAGAGACCUGCUGACCACCAGCGGCAUCGGCUACACCGUCACCAUACCGGACGUCCAGAGGCUCUUAGAGGAUGGUGAGAGCAGUGGCAAGAACAGCACGGACUACGACUGGGAAACGUACCAGGACCUGCCUCAGCUGAACGCGUGGAUAGACGCGACCGUGGCCCGACACCCUGAGGCGGCGUCGAUCCUGGUGGCGGGCACCUCCUUCGAGGGGCGGCCGCUCAAGGGCGUCCGGAUCUGCCACGGGCCUGGCAGACCCGUCGUCUUCGUUGAGGCCGGCAUAGACGGCGCCGAGUGGCCGUCCGUGUCGACGGCGACGUUCCUGGUCCACCAGCUGCUCACCAACGACAGCGAGGCUGUGCGGCGCGUGGUCCAGGCCUUCGACUGGCACGUCCUGCCCACGGCCAACCCAGACGGCUGCAACUACGCGCACACCACCGACCGCAUUUGGCGCAAGAACCGGCGUCCGGGUCCCAAUGGCUGCUACGGCACGGAUCCAAAUCGCAACUGGGACUUCAACUGGGGUGACUCUGGCUCCAGCGACAACCCCUGCUCGCCGCACUACAGAGGAUCUUCGCCAUUCUCGGAGCCAGAGACUCGGUCGCUGUCGGACUUCCUGCGAGGCCUCAAGGAGCGUCUGCUGGUGUACGUCUCGCUGCACACGUACAAGCAGGCGCUCAUGUGGCCCUACGGGCUCAGCUACGAGCGGGCGGACAACAACCAGGAGCUGAUGGAAGUGGCCAACAUAUCGGCGGAAGCACUUUCUAGAAGAUACGGCACCAAAUAUCAGACAGGAACUAUCUUCGACAUCUUCGGAGGCGUGUCCGGCAGCAGCGUGGACUGGGUGAAGAAGUCGCUGGGCGCGCGCUUCGUGUUCGAGUACGAUCUGCGCGACACGGGCGGCUUCGGCCUGCUGCUGCCCCCCGCGCAGGUGCGUCCCACCGCCGAGGAGACGGCGGACAGCCUCGUCGCCAUGAUGCGCGAGGUGCUAGCCCGCACUGCAACUCCACACUAG